AUGAUUAACAUGAAAUUAAAAAAUCCAAAAUCGCUGACCUCACUAGUAAAUUUAUAUUUAAAAAACAUUCAUAACCCUAUGGAGCUUAAAGAUUUAAUUAAUUAAUUAUUGAGUGAUGCUACAUUUUUGCCAAUAUAUGGACUUACUGAUUAAUAAAAACUAGAGCAUAAAACCAUCUUUACUAAUAUUCAACUUGGUAAUAAUUAAAACUUAGGGUAACUUAUGAAACUAAAUUAGCACUAUAAUCGGAAUGACAGUUUUAGGAGUAAUUGGAUUCUUGGCACUUGGAUUUACUUUUUUAGGAGCCAUAGGUGGAGGAGCUAUAGGGAUUAUUUUAGGUAGAUAUUUAGGAAGGAAAAUCUCAAAAAAAAUAGCUACUAAAGGGAUAAAUUUAACUGAAUUUGAUAUAUUUAUUAUUCGAGUAAAAUGCUUAUUAAAAUGGGUAAAUUUCAAUUUUAUAAUUUAGGGUAAAUUGAUUAUGAUCAAAUAUACAAACAAUAUUAAUUUAUAGAGGUUUUGUGUUCAAAGAAUUUUAACAGAAAUUAAACCUUUAUUGCAUUAUAAAUAUUUUGAUGAGAAAUUUCAAAAAGAAUCACAUACUUUAUUAGUAAAAAUAAGAGAAUGGCUGUCUAAAGAAUAAUCAAUCUAUGCAUUAUGUCUUAGUUAUAAAUUAACCAAGGAAUAUAUUCAAAUAGUUGAAUAAAAAAUAAUUUAUUCAAAAUUUAGUAAUUAUGAAGUAACUACAUAUAAUCAUCGUUUAUUUUUUAGAUUUCAUAUGUGUUAAAUGAAACUGUUUCAGAUGUUUUAAUCCCUUUUUUAACAUUAUUUUAAGAUGCAAAAUAAUAUGAAAAAAAUGAUGUAAUCAGAUUAUUGAUAUAAAAAAUCAAAUAAUUAUAAGUUAACAAAAUUGUACUAAAGUGCUAAUAAAGUUAUUUUGAUUAAUAGCUUUCCAUUGAAUUUAUUAAAAUGUUCGCUGCUAAACUUAAUUAAAAAGUUAAGGUUGAAGAUUUGGAAAAAUUCUUAUAAAUACAAAAUUAUAGAUAAUAAUAAUAAAAUAGAGAGCAAAAUUCACCAUCUAAAAGUUAAUAAAGAAGGAAAAGUUAAGGAGAUAUGGUAUCCAUAAAUGAAGAUAUAGAUUAAGAAUUUCAAGCUCAAGUUCCAUUAAUAAUGAAAAAUUAAGUGAGAGCUAGAGCUAAAUCAUAUGAUGAUAAAAAUGAUUAACAAUUUACUUCAAAAUAAUAAUCUUAGUUAAUCAUCUAAUAAAAUUAAUAAUAAUAAUAAUAACAAUAAUAACCUUUACAAUAAUCUGAUUAAAUUAUUUUUGAUAAUACAGAAAAAAGAGGAUCUUAAUGUAUUCCAGAAAACUUGAUUCAAUAAAGCUAAUUAUAAUAGAUAUUAUGUCUACAAAUGGAACAUUCAUAAUAACAAUCAUAAAUACAUAGAGUAUAAUAAUAAGCUUAAGAUAAUUAAAUCAAUUCAGAUAGAACUUAUUAACUCUCAGCUGAGUUAGAAGAAAAAUUUAAACUACUAGUUGAUCUUAUUGAAGAACCUAUAGAUGGAUGGGAAAUCAUAUUAAAAAAAGAAAAUUUGAUUAUUUACAAAACUUUCAAGCCUGGAAAUCCAGCUGUUUUUGUAAAAGGUCAUAGUGAUUUAAUAGGAAUUACAAUAGAUGUCUUAUUAAAAGCUAUACAUAAUGAAAAGUAUAGAUAAAAAUGGGAUAAAAUUUUAUUGAGUUUCUAAGUAUUAGAGAGGGAAUCUGCAAUUGUAGAUAUCAUUUAUUACUAUGUUAAAAGUCCACCUUGUGUUGAUAAUAGAGAAUUUUGUUAAAAAAGAAUUUUGAAAUAUGAUUUUCCAAAGCCAGGACAAACCUGUCUUUUAUAUUUUAGUGUUGAGCAUAGUAAGGCUCCUAAAUUUAAAGGCCAUAUAAGAGCUGAAACAUUAAUUUCAGGUUAUAUUUUAGAAUCAAUACCUGGUGGAAGUAGACUAUAUUUUUGUUCAAACAAUGAUGUUAAAGGUGAUAUUCCAAAAGUAAAAUAUUAUUAUGCUAUAAAAAUAGAGUUUAGUUAACUAUGUUGCUUCUAGAGCUCCAAUAAGUUGGAUUAAUUCAUUAAGAAAAGGAUGUGAAGAUUACAAUAAGAUUAUGCAACAAAUUUAAUAAUGA